AUGGAGUACACACAAGAGGAGGUGGCCACAUGGAGAGAGGUGUACCGGACCCUGAGGACCAUCUACCCUGACCUGGUGUGCAGACAGUUCCUGGGUGGGCUGCAGCAGCUGGAGAGAGAGUGUGGCUACGGAGAGGACAGUAUCCCUCAGCUCCGGGAGGUUUCUGCCUUCCUCAGAGAGGAGACAGGCUUCCAGCUGUAUCCGGUGGCAGGGCUACUCUCCGCCAGAGACUUCCUAGCUAGCCUGGCCUUCAGAGUGUUCCAGUGUACCCAGUACAUCCGCCACGCCUCCCACCCCAUGCACUCCCCGGAGCCAGAUUGCUGUCACGAGUUACUCGGCCAUAUUCCUAUGCUUGCAGACAAAGAAUUUGCCCAGUUUUCCCAGGAAAUUGGCCUUGCCUCACUGGGAGCGUCAGACGAGGAUAUUGAGACUCUCAACCUUGUACUGGUUCACGGUGGAGUUUGGACUGUGUAAGCAGAAUGGAACUGUGAAGGCAUUCUGAGACUAAGUAGACAGGUUGGAAAGUCUGGUCUGCGGGCCUCCUGUCCUCAUAUGGAGAACUCAUUUAUGCUCUCUCUAACAAACCUGAGUACAAGCCAUUCAACCCAGAGGAGACAGCAAUCCAGCCUUACCAGGACCAGACUUUCCAACCUGUCUACUUUGUCUCAGACAGCUUUGAGGAUGCCAAGAUUAAGAUGAGGUACAUCAAUGCAUACAAGUGGUGUAUGUCUAUAUGUGAGCACUUCCGUACGUCACAGGAAAUGUGUAACAUGUGGCGUAUACCUUGGGUUUGAGUUGAUCUUGUCGCUCCUGGACACGGGGCUGCAGGGGUUUUGGAGAGGAGCCAGUGGGAACCUCAGGGGAUCGGAGGACACAGAAGCAAAUCAGAUUGAAGGCAGCUGUUUAGGAGUUACUCGUAAUUAGUAUAUUAUGUUUUGUAAUAUGUUAAGGUAAUCUGAAUGAGCAGAGUAUGGAUGGACAUAGAGCAGAGCAGGGAUGGGCAACUUCAGUCCUCGGGGGCCGGACUGGUGUCACACUUUUACCCCAUCCCAAGCACAAACAGCUGAGUCAAAUUGCAUUCUGAACUGAAGAUCAUGGUUAGUUGAUUAUUGGAGUCAGGUGUGUUAGCGAACACAUCAUUAUGAGAGAGAUGAGAUGACGUGAGGAGACACUCGGAGUCCAUACUUGCGAACAUUUCAAUUUAACCCAUAAGAGUUUAAGCCCCGUCUAAAUUGGGGGAGGAUGUACUACUAAUCUACAGUUGGUCCCAUGGUGUUUAUAUUUGCGUACUUUUGUUUGCACAGAUGAACGUGGCACCUUUAGGCGUUUGGAAAUUGCUCCCAAGGAUGUACCAGACUUGUGGGGGUUUAUUUUUAUUUCC